AAUUAUAUUAAGCAUUUUAAAAUAUUUUUUUUUAAAUUGAAUAGAAUGCAUUAGUAAUUGAGAGAAUUUAUUAUAAAAACAAGGCUUAUAAUAAUUGUAAAAUAAGGAGUUAUAAAGAGAAAUAUAAUCUAUGAUAUCAAGAUUUUCUUAUAGAUUAUUAAAUUUUCGAGGUGUUUGACAAUUUCAGAUUGAUUUAAUCGAUUUUUCCUUUCAUUAUGGAGUUGUGAAAAUAUUGCUCAAAUAGGGACUUUGGUAAAUAAUAUAAUGCCAGAAAAUUUAGAACUACAUCAACUUGAAGAGAAUGUAUCUCCGAAUUCAUCAAAUAAUUGGUUAUCUAAAACUAAGUGUGCUUGUCCAUACUUAGGUAUUAUUUUAGCAACAUUAUCGUCGUUAUUUUUCUCCCUAUGUUCAGUGAUUGUAAAAGGACUUGUUGAUGUUAAUCCUAUGGAAUUAGCAUCUUUUAGAUUCAUAGGUGUACUCUUACCAGCCAUACCAAUUGUGAUAUAUAAAGAGCAUCCAGUAUUUCCAGAAGGGAAACGAAUCAUAUUAAUUUUAAGAUGUUUUAUGGGCACGACCGGUUUAAUGUUAAGUUUUUAUGCUUUCCGUCAUAUGCCACUAGCUGACGCUAGCGUUAUAAUAUUUUCUACACCAGUAUUUGUUGCAAUAUUUGCUCGUCUAUUUUUAAAAGAACCAUGCGGUUUGUUUAAUAUUUUAACAAUUAUAUUAACAUUAGUUGGUGUUGUAUUGAUUACAAGACCGCCAUUUAUAUUCGGAGACUUAUCACCAACGGUAUCAGAUGAAAUUUAUUUGGACAAACAGCGCUUUGAUGUAUGGGGUCCGGUAGCAGCAAUAUCUUCAACUUUAUUUGGUGCAAAUGUUUAUAUAUUAUUAAGAGCAUUGAAAAAUUUACAUUAUUCGGUAAUAAUGACUAAUUUUGGUGCUUUUGCAUUAAUAUAUACGAUAAUUGUAUGUUGGUCAAUUGGAGCUAUAUGCUGGCCAAAAUGUGGGCUCGAUAGAUUUUUAGUUAUUAUAUUAGCUGUUUUUAGUUUCUUGGGACAAAUUUUAUUAACUUUAUCGUUACAAAUUGAACAAGCUGGUCCUGUUGCUAUAGCUAGAUGUGCAGAUAUUGUAUUUGCAUUUAUUUGGCAAGUUUUAUUUUUUGAUGAAAAACCAAAUUCAUAUUCUGUUGUUGGAGCUUUGCUUGUAGUUAGUUCAGUUGCAUUAACUGCGGUAAAAAAGUGGGCUAUUUCAUUGCCCCGAGAUUCGAUAACAAGAAAAAAAUUAAAAUUUUUACUAAUGGAGUAAAUAAUCCAAUAAAUUUUUCUUACUAAUAUUAAUUAUGAAUAAUAAUUUCGCAUUAAUAAGAAAAAACAAUAGAUGUAAACAUUUUCAAAAUUAGCUUUUAAAUAUGUUUUCAAAUAAGCUUUAUUUGUUGUAAAUCAUUGGUUUUAAUUUAUUAUUAAAUUUUCAAUAUCAUAUUAACAACUAAUUUUAUAACGAAUUUCAAAAUUUCGAAGUAAAUUAUAACAAUUUUGAAUUGAAAAUUUUAUUAAACAUCAAAAUUUUUCACAGGAAAUGGAUAAUUUAAGAGAAAAUAUUUUUUCUUAAUAUGUAAGUAGGUGAAACAUAAUGUGCUUACUAAAUAUUACUUGACUUAAGUAGAGUAUAUGUUAUUUUUAUGAAUCAAAUCUAGUCAAAUUUAAAUACAAUUUCCUAUAAGAUUAAUUUAUUUUAAAGUGUCAUUUAUUAAAUUUUGACAUAGUUAUUUUUAUUAUAACAACUGCAAAACUUGCUUUGUCUGCCAAAAAGAAAUGAAUAUUACUUUUUUUUUAGUGAAAUUAUGCUGC